AGACAACAACAGACACUCAGACGUGGGUAAAUGAGGUUUAACUAGAUGAGUCUGUACUAAACGACACUGUCCUUAGUUCAGCUUCGUUUUGUGGGGGGAAAUUAUUUCCAGAAAGCCGCAGCCUGUCACGGUUAACGUUACUGUUCGACUGUUAACAACGUUUGUUAGCUAACUUCGGCUAACCAGCAGCUGACUGUGUUCGCUCGGUGUCGAAAUGGAUCCAACGGAGGACGUGUCUGCUCGGAUUCUGCUGAAAAAUAUCCUCAGCAUCGAGUCACCCAGGACCCCUAUCACCAGCAGUGUCUCCCAGGGAGCGAGUGGCAGCGGGACCCGACGCAGCGACAGACUGUCCAAGAAAAAUGCUGGUCCUCAGACCCCUCAGGACAUCCUGAGACGCAGCCUGAAACACAAAAUGCGUGAGAGUAUAACCAGGAAAUCGCUGCCUGCUACCAGGAGGAGGACAGCCUCAGUUGUGCUCAGAAAGAUAAACACACCUGCGGCCUCGAUGCUGUUUGAUGAUGCAGACACUCCACGGCACAUACUCAUGAACAUCCUGCAGACAGAGCCUGUGCAUUCCCCUGUCGUUCAUGAGACGGGAGCGUCUGAAGAGCCAGAGCCACCUACAGCCACAUCCAGCGUUCACAGGACACGUUCCAGUAUUGAGCUGUCAGGGUUGGAUCUGCCUGAUAUAACCAUUGGCAACAUACCGAGCACCGCAAAAGGACUGAGCCGGAAGAGGCAACGUAGGAGCCUUAAUGUAACGGCUUUUGAAAAACGACUGAAAGAUGGAGAUGAUACUGGAGAGGUAACUGAAGAAUCGAUAGACAACCAUUCAUCACUGUCUUUGUCAAGUUCCUCUUCCUUGAGUCUGAAAACACCCUUUGUUUAUGGUCAGACUGAGAAAAGGGGCCUGCAGAGACGCGUUUCAAACCGUCGAAAAAUCACAGAGGAAGAAUUUGGCGCUGCUGUGAAUAAGCUGCAGAUGGGAGGUGAAAGCAGCGCUGCACUGGUACAGCGGGAUCUUUGUGACACUGCCCACUCUGAAGGCUUCACCUUGGGUCUGAGCAAACUCAGUGAGCCCGAUAUCACCACUGAUAUCGUGAACUGUAACACGGCUCUCUACGACCAGCCUGAUGCCAUGACGUCCGACUUUUCCAUCGUUGCAACUCAGGAUAAACCGACAGUGAUGGCCUCUCAGCUUCAGAGACAGAUGGAGCAGGAAGAACAGAUGGAAGUGGAGCAAAGCGACGAGGGAAAGACCAUUUAUGUAUUUCCAUAUGAGGAAGGGGCUGUGGUUGAACUUCAAAGUGACAAUCAUGCUUCUGAGUCACAGGAAGAUGUUGAUGGAGCUGAAUCUCAAGAGGAGGAAAGGAGGAGAACAACUCACGGUCAACCUCAAGAUGUUGCUGUUUCAUCUGAGGAAGGAGAUGUGGCUGAAUCUCAGACUGAUUCCCAGCCUGAAGAUCAUGUUGAAGCCAGUUCUCACUCUGAGGAGGCUGAGGUGGUACCAGACUCGCAGACUGAAGAAAAAGAAGAGGAGGAGGAGGAAGCGGCAGCUGAAUCUCAAACUGAAGAAGAAAGUGCAGAUGAAGCUGGUUCUCAGCCUGAGGUUGAUGAGGAUGCACCAGACUCUGAUACCGAGAAACAAGAAGGAGAAGAAGACGAUGAGGAGGAGGAAGAAGAUGCAGCUGAAUCUCAAACCAAAGAAGAAAGUGCAGUUGAUUCCCAACCUGAAGAGGAUGUUGAAGCUGGUUCUCAGUCUGCGGUAGAUGAGGAUGCACCAGACUCUGAUACCGAAAAACAAGGAGAAGAAGAAGAUGAGGAGGAGGAGGAGGAGGAUGCAGCUGAAUCUCAAACUGAAGAAGGUGAAUCUCUUUCUCAGUUUGAAGGGGAUGUUGAAGUAGAGUCCCAUUCUGUCAGAGAUGAGGCUGAGUCUCAGAACAAACACGACUGUGAUGGGAAACAGGAGGAAGAAGAGCAGACAUCCGAACAGCUGAAAGGCGACUUCGAACACAUCAGUCGAAGGGCUUAUCGCUCGGAUGGUGCACUCAUUAUUCCUGUUAGAAAGGCAGGGGAGGAUUUGACCAACAACACUGUGGCAGGAUGGUCUGAUGCCAAGUCCAAAGCACACAGCGGCCUGGAGACGAGAGGCUAUGAGUGCAGUGAGCCUCAUGUUGGGGAGCCUGACUUGGCUGAAUCCUCAACUCAAGGACAGACAGAUGCUUUUUGCCCAGAAAGCGAGGCUGACGCCGAUAAAGAGAACUCCUUUCAUCUUCCGGAGGUGGCGCAGGACACUGAAGACAGCGGGCACCCGAGGGAUGCCUUCGCUGACCAAUCUCCUGCUCAGGAUGCUUCUGAACAGGAAGAGGAGUUGGACGAUGAAGAGGAUGGUGAAGAAGGAGAAGAGUUUCCCUGCAAGACUCCAGCAUUUGUCCGAGAGAAGAGAAACUUUUUACACCCUGAGCAUCUGUCCUCACCUUCUGUUUCUAAAAACAUCCAAGCCAGGAGUACAAGUGAAGCUUUGACUCCGGCUAAACCUAAGCAGGUGAGACAGAGGAAGAAGGGUCCCGCUAAGAAAGCAGCAGGCCUUCCUAAGAGCUACCUGAUGGGUGUCUUCAAGCACUUUGCCAAAACAAAGGUCUCUGCGGAUGUUUACCCCGUCCUAAAUGAGACAAUGGAUAAAUUCUUCGACCGGAUGGUGGAGGACUUGGAGACGUUUGCUGCCCAUGCCAAGAGAAAAACCAUAGAGGUGGAGGAUUGUGUGCUUCUGCUGAAAAGGCAGGGUUACGUGAAUGACAAGGUGCCGGUGGAGGUCCUCAUUGAGAAAUAUCUCAGCAUGCAGCAGAGAAAGCUUCUAAUCCCAAUUGCAACCAGCGGAAAUGUUGUUUUCCCUAAAAUGCGGAAGUGAAUCUUUAAGGAGCAGCUGCUCACUUCACCUCCCGCUGCAUUUGGAUUUAAAGUUAUUAAUCAGAGCAUAAAUGUUUCUGUAAAUGUGUAAAUAUCUGUCUACAUAUUCUUACCUGAGAAUGCACUUAUGUAUGUGAUUUUUGUAUAUUGUUUUCUUUCUUGUUAUCUGUAUUAUACUGUGUAAGCAUGAAUAAGGGUAUACAUAUGACAGUAUGCUUAUUCUGUGUCAGACUCUUCACAUCAUCUAGCAGUAAUGUUCUCUCCAAAAUGCAGGGAGAGCUUUUUAUAAUAAACGGCUACAUUUAGUGUUUUCUGAUUUCAUCUCUAACUGCUACUCAUUACACCUUUUCUGUUAAUAUAUGUAUUAUACUAUGUGAGGACUGAGUGUAUAUGUGUACAUAAUAAUAAUAAUGAUAAUAAAGCUUUGGUUUGUGCCCAGCA